ACAAAAUAAUUGUCACUAAUGUCAGUCAUAUUAACAAAAAUGAAUGUUAUAAAAACUUUACCAUUACUUCUUCGACAAAAUUCGAGUACCAAAAAACCAACUACAACCGAAUUGACAAAACUCUUCCAUUCCUGCAUUUCGAAUUGCAGAAAGAAGUCUCACCAUGAUUGCACCUAUCCACCACAACCUCCAUCUGGCGGUUACAAGCCCUACAAGUUCCUCUUCUGGCUAGCUGCGGUGCCGGCGAUAAUCGGUAUGUCCUUGUGGAAUUACAGGGAGUACGAACACAAGAAAAAAUGCUACCAACGUCCUCCCUUCGUGAAGUACCCCUACAUGUACAGACGCACCCACAGGUUCAUGUGGGGCGACGGAAACAAAACGCUUUUCCACAACAAGGAGAAAAACGCCCUGCCCGAAGGUUACGAAGAUUAAUAUGCGCCGGAAAAACUAAUAUUCCCUUAUCAGUUCAAAACGAAAAAUUUUAGUAAUAAAUCGAAUCCGCCAUC